AUGGGACCACAGAGGAGAUUGGGAAUAUAUGUCGGGUAUUCGUCCCCUAGUAUAAUAAGGUAUCUUGAACCGGCAACUGGUGAUAUGUUUACGGCACGAUUUGCCGAUAGCCACUUUGAUGAAAAUGAAUUCCCUGCGUUAGGGGGAGGGUCGAGAGAAUCACCAAAUGAUAUCACCAAAUGGUGUACACACUCUUUGGCUUAUCUUGAUCCUCCUUCUAAUCAACGCGAGGUGGAAGUUCAGAAAAUUAUACAUAUGCAAAGAUUGGCUAACCAGUUGCCCGAUGCGUUCACAGAUACGAAAAGGGUGACGAAGUCCUAUAUCCCCGCUGCUAAUGCUCCAUCAAAAAUAGAAGUUCCUCAUGAACAUUUUGAUGUGAAUAGAGCAAGUGAACCGGUUCUUGUAGAACCUGAUAAAGAGGUUCGUCAAGAUGACGAACCAGAGACAGAAAAAUUUGAGAUCUCCAUCUCCUUCGCCCAAAGUGGAAAAAUAUGGGCUAGAAGUGAAAUAGAUGAUGAUGAAAUGUUCUCUUUUUCUGUAGCUAAAGAGAUCGAUCAUGAAAAUGAUGAUCCAGAUCCAACUUCCGUGUCAGAGUGCCAAAAGAGGCCGGACUGGGAGAAAUGGCAAAUGGCCAUGAAGAAUGAAAUAUUCUCUCUCAAUAAACGGACUGUAGUCCAAUGGUCAAUAGAUCGCUUGAUGUUAACAAGGAUCCAUUUCGACCUAUUGAAGAUUCUGAAAAAUGUUAGGUCUGAAGUACCUUACAUGAGCGCCAUCGGGGCACUUAUGUAUCUUGCAAAUUGCACUAGACCAGAUAUAGCUUUUGCUACUAAUCUGCUUGCAAGAUACAGCUCAUCGCCUACCAGAAGACAUUGGAACGGAAUAAAACAUAUAUUCCGUUAUCUUCAAGGUACGAUUGAGUUUGGAUUAUAUUAUUCAAGAAACCCCGAGGUUGGUUUAGUUGGUUUUGCAGAUGCUGGCUACUUGUCUGAUCCGCAUAAAGCUCGAUCGCAAACCGGUUAUGUUUUCACAUACGGUGGAACCGCGAUCUCUGGCGUUCCCAAAAACAAACAUUGGUUGCAACGUCUUCAAAUUAUGCGGAAAUCAUUGCACUUCAUGAAGCAUGUAGAGAGUGUGUAUGGUUGA